GGGAAGAUUCUGUCCACCCCAAGGAAAGUUCCUGGGUGUGUAUCCUCCUCGGCAGGUGUUGAAUUGAGUUCUUCAGAUCCCCAAGUAGCUCUUGGGCAGGAGGGAUAAAAGCUAUUUUAGGGUAGUCACUGAAGUGGAGCUGUUAAUCCUCUGUGGGUUUCUUUAGUUAAGAACACUUAGAGAUUAACCCUUUCCAUGCUUCUGGGUGUGGGGGUGCUAUCUUUCAACAGUAUUUUGGGGAGGAGUUGGAGUGUGACAGCAAAAGGUAGAAAACAUGCAACUCAAUACAAAGACAAAAAUAAUAGCUCUCUUUUGUUGGGUGCUUAUAGCAGGCCAAGCCCAAGGCUGAGCCUUCUGCAUACCUGACUAAAAUAAUCCGUACAACAAGUCUGUGAGGUAAGUAUUUUUAGCUUUACAGAUGAAGAAACAGACUAAUAAUGGAGAACAAUUGCAGUUUCUAUAGAGAUGAUGUAACAUUAUAAAACUAUAGUUUCAUCAGAGGGGAGCAAGCAUCAUGGCACACAACAGAAAACAGGCAGACAUGAGCAGUAUCUCUCUGUUUUAGUUUCCAAAGACCAGAGUUUUGGGGAAGCAUUCCUAUUUUGGAGACCUAACAAUAGAAGAAAGUAUAAUAAAAUGACUGUCCAGGCAAGAGAAAACUCUGGCCCAGGAGAUGUACUGGAGGAAGGUAAAGUAAGAGGCUGGUUAGGGGAUGUGCUGAGGGUUAGUUAUAAGGGAAAAGGGGAAGGCUGCAUUCUGGGGAAAUGUUGGGAAAGGAAGAAAACUCGCUCAAGGUUUGAGAAGUUAUUCUAAAGAAGAGAGGAAGAAGUAUUACUUAGGUGCUGUGCACAACAAAGGCAGGGGAAACUUGGACUUCAGAGAGGGCACUGCAUAUAUUCAGCAUACAUUUCAUGUUACUUUCAAGAGUAUUAUUUCACUUAAUCUUCUAGGAGAAUCUCAGAGGAUUCUAUUUUAGAAAUUGAGGAAAGAGAGACUCACAGAAAUAAAGUAAACUGCUGGUGGUUUCACAGCCAGUAAGUGGCAGCUCUUCUGAUAGCAAGUCCAAGGUUCUUUCCAUGCUACCUCCCCCUUCAGAUCAGAUGCCAGAAAGAAUCCUAGGCCGAAAAUAUACUUAUACCAGUAACUGGGAGGGAUUGUGUUUGUUUUAUGGGAACAGGUUCUGUCAGCUUCUCUAUAGUUGUUAUGAGUAGAGUAUGAGACCAGAAGAGCAGCUUUGCAAGGGAAGCAGAAUUCUUUCACAGUUUUGCUAAGGAAGGAGAAAUUUGAAGGAACAGGCAUUGUUAUGUGAGACAAAGUGAGGAAUCUUUCUAGAUCAGAGAAGUUUGCAAAGGAUAGAGAGACAGAGACAGACAGGCAGGUGGGCAAGUGGGCAGGCAGCCAGACACCAGAUCCUCAAAAGGACUCCUAGGUAACACUGCCACCUUUGGUGAUCCAACAGCCUGCUGGUACUUCACAGUGCCUUUUUAAAAAGGCCUAGGAAAGCAGGAUCAGGGUAGUAGCUCUUUUCUAUUUAAAGUCAUAACCCCAUUAAAUGUAGAUCAAGUCAAUCACACAGUUCCUGCCUUCCUUCUCUGGUUCCAUCAGUACAACCCCAUGAGCUCUUCUUAGCCACUACCAACCUUUUUCUUAGAAGCCCAUUAUUCACUCUUUCAAUAGCAGUAUGCUAAACUGCUGUGUCUUGUUUGUGCAUGUUCAAGAGAAUAGAUGAGGUGGAUGUGUGUGUGGGAGGUGAGGGACAUACUGUUCUCUUUCUGAGUUUGUGUGGAGUUUCCAGGGCUAGGCUGUCUUGGCACAUCAGCCAAACUGAUGUGACUUGCUUUCCUCUUGCUGUCAUUCCCAACUUUCCAGAGGGUGAAGUACAUGAUUUCAGAUAUGAAGGGAGAACAGAAUAUGACUUUGAAGGUAUGGGAAAUUCCCUCCAAACUAGACAUGCAUACUCGAGCUCAUUCUGCCCACUUCCAAGGUGGAUAGUAAUCAUCACUGGUAUUAUAAACAGGUAAUUCCACCCUUGUGAAGGAGGAGGGUACUUAAACAAUGAAAGCCAGACGUCAGAGACCUUUGAGGUUUAUAGUGAAGCAGGCAAAUAUUCCAUGAUGACUUAAAGGCUCAAGUGGGUCUAGUUUUUAGUAUUGGCUACCCCUCCCUAUCAUGUGAUUUACACAUAAUGAGACUGCCUUUGUGCGAUCUUUCUAGGCAAAGCUCCACUCGUGAUGGGGAAAUGUUUAUCAUAUUACAUUGCAGUGUUUCUUCAACAAGAAGAAUGGUUCCUGAACAGGAUAUAGCUCAUGUUAAUGAUGAGCAAAGCUCUCUGGGGCAUGAACCCGCUGAUACUAUCAUCUUGUUCAUGGUCAGUCUGUUGGAUGAAUAAUCACUGUAAGCAGCGUGUGCUAAUGAGCUGAGCAAGCAUUCUAUGAUCUACAGCUAGUCUGUGCAGUUGGAGCCCUCCCCAGGUUCUUAUGGACAGUCCCGAGAUGCCUCUUUUGCUCUCUCCACAUGGAAAAGCCUCCUGACCAAAUUUUGACAUGAUCUCUUCAAAGGUAUUCCCCUGUUGUAGUAGGUUAUAUUGUAGUUGGGAAUGUGUGGUGAGCUAGUAAGUAUGAAUGUCGUUCUGUUGUCCCCCUUAUGAGAGUCAGUCUGAUAAUUCCCAGCCUUUCCUCUGAGUUGGUGUCAAGAAAGAAGUUGUGUCACAAUCACUGCAGCCCUUCUCCUAAUACCACUUCUACUAACAUGAGAUAGGGUCAGACUUGAAGAUUUUGCUAUCCUACUUUGGAAAGGCUGUGAAGCCAGUUUAAACCAGAAUUUUCUACACAUAAGUUAAGCCUCUGAGAAUCAACUUGCAUUCAGUGACUAAUUUAUUCAUCUUAAAGUUGCAGAUGUUAGGAAUAUGGAGAUGAAAGAGAGGAUAGGAGCCCACAGAGGAUCAAAAUUAGGUGGAGAAGACUAAAUUCUAAUGCAAGUGAAGAGAUUGUUUUCUGAAGGCUGCAUUGGAGGCUGUGACAGAUCGGAGAGCCUGAGUGGAGCUGAUGGGGAGGCUUUCUGAAUAACAUGGCCCUUCGCCAUUAGCCUUGCCAUGACCACAUUUUUCACGAGCGUCCCUCCCUGGAUUCAAGAUGCAAAGCAGGAGGAGGAAGUGGGCUGGAAACUAGUUCCCAGGCCUCGGGGCCGGGAGGCAGAGAGUCAAGUGAAGUGCCAAUGUGAAAUCUCGGGGACACCAUUCUCAAAUGGGGAGAAGCUAAGGCCUCAUAGCCUCCCCCAUCCAGAGCAGAAACCAUAUAGCUGCCCUCAGCUGCACUGUGGGAAGGCUUUUGCUUCCAAGUAUAAGCUGUAUAGGCACAUGGCCACCCACUCAGCCCAGAAACCCCACCAGUGCAUGUACUGUGAUAAGAUGUUUCACCGCAAGGACCAUCUGCGCAACCACUUGCAGACCCACGACCCGAACAAAGAGGCCCUCCACUGUUCUGAGUGUGGUAAGAAUUAUAAUACAAAGCUGGGCUAUCGUCGCCAACUGGCUAUGCAUGCUGCCAGCAGCGGUGACCUCAGCUGCAAGGUGUGCCUGCAGACCUUUGAGAGUACCCAGGCCUUGCUAGAGCACCUGAAAGCCCACUCACGCCGGGUAGCAGGUGGUGCCAAGGAAAAGAAGCACCCCUGUGACCACUGUGACCGGCGGUUCUAUACUCGUAAAGAUGUGCGGCGGCAUCUGGUGGUGCACACAGGCCGCAAGGACUUCCUGUGCCAGUACUGUGCCCAGCGGUUUGGCCGCAAGGACCACCUGACUCGUCAUGUUAAGAAGAGCCACUCUCAGGAGCUGCUCAAGAUCAAGACAGAGCCAGUGGACAUGUUAGGCCUACUCAGCUGCAGCUCCACAGUCAGCGUGAAGGAAGAGCUGAGCCCUGUACUAUGCAUGGCCUCUCGGGACAUGAUGGGGGCCAAGGCUUUUCCUGGCAUGUUGCCCAUGGGCAUGUAUGGUACCCAUAUCCCUAACAUGCCCACCACGGGCAUGCCACACUCCCUGGUACAGGCCCUCCUAGAUGAAGCACUGCUCACCAAGAGCCCCGCCAACCUCUCUGAGGCCCUCUGCGCUGCUAAUGUGGACUUUUCCCACUUACUGGGCUUUCUUCCACUCAAUCUGCCCCCAUGUAACCCACCUGGGGCCACAGGAAGCCUGGUCAUGGGCUACUCCCAGGCUGAGGCACAGCCCCUGCUCACCACUUUGCAAGCUCAGCCUCAAGAUUCCCCAGGAACUGGGGGACCACUGAACUUCGGGCCUCUGCACUCCUUGCCUCCUGUCUUCACUUCUGGCCUGAGUACUACCACCCUGCCUCAUUUCCACCAAGCAUUCCAGUAGCCCCCACAGAGGCUCUCAGCUCAGUUUUUGGUCUGUCACAGAGCCUGAGUACCCUCCCUCUCCGCCUCCCCCACAAAGGCAGCUGAGCUUUCAGAGCUGGGUUCAAAAAGCAAAAAUUCCAGUGUCUGUAUGGAGCACUUGGUUUGAGGGUUUGGGCUCCAGGAUUGAUUCCAGGGGGAGCCUUGAGCCCCAGCGCUGUGGAAAGAUCUACCAUAGGACUUUCAGGUAUUUUUACUUUUAUUUUUUUUAAUCUGAAUUGGGAGCCACACUUAGCCUUCGACUUCGCCAAAGCAUCAGAACCUCCUUCUCUUUGGAGGAAGGGGAGGCCUCUUGGAGACACAGAGGGUUCACCUUGGAUGACCUCAAGAGAAAUUGCUGAAGACACCUGUUGUCUGUCCUAGCCUUUAGACCCCAAAGCCCUGCUGUGGAAGGUCACUUGGCUCCAGCACCUGCUUCCAAGCAGCAGGAAGGAGAGAAGGCUUCUAUUCUUCCUGACCGUCGCCAUCCCCACUAUACCAACAGCUCUGUUUUCAGUCAGUGUUGUCCAGCAACGGUACCGUUUACACAUUCGUCUCAGACACACCAUUUCACCUCCCUUGCCACGCUGUUAGCCUUAGAGUGAUUGCAGUGAACACUGUUUACACACCAUGAAUCUAUUCCCACCAGUCCAUUUCAGUUGGCACCAGUCAGAACCACUUGGUACCUGGUGUUAACUGGAGCCCUGUUUACAAGGCGGAGUCGGGUCUUGCUGACUUCUCUUCACUUGAGGUCACGUUUUUCCCCCGUGGGGAAAUAAACUGACUUUUGGAUUGCUUCGGUUUCUGCCAUCUUCCAUGACUGCAUCUGUUCCUGCCUUCCUUGGCAGUGUCCACAAGAGACAGGCAAGAAGAUUGGAGCAGCUUUCUCACAGGUCUGUUUUUCUCCAAGUCCAUCAUGACCCCCUCAUCACCCUUUUGAACUGGAGAGGGGAAGAAAUGGAAGGCAUGCCCAUAUCUAUCACCUCCCCAUUCCUUAAUUCCCACUCAGAAUAUUAUGAGCUGUUGUUAUUUGUCUUGGAAGAAGGGACUCUGGGUUUUAGGCUGGUGGGAACAGCAGAGAGGGAAUGAGCCCCUCAUUUGUCUCUCCUGCCUGCCCGUUUUUCAGGAAGUUGUGGAAUUAUUAGAAGUUGUUGUCAGAAAGCUAGGACUGGACACAUAGUUGAGUCCUAAUCAAUCUAAUCAUUGUUGUCUCUCAUACCAAAAAUUUUCUUAUCCACAGUGUCCUUUCAUCUCUUCCACUUUGCAGUCCCCAUGGACACAGGGCCACUGUGUAUAGGCUUCUAAGAACUUCUACCAUCUUCUCAUGGUCCCUCUCAGUUUUGCCCCUACUAUCUAACAAUGUUUUUUGUAAGAAGUGAUUAGUUCUCUUGACUUACAGGGCUCCCUGGCAGACAGUGUAGCCCUUACCCAGAACCCAGCCAGACCCCAAAGCCUGCUUCAUCUCAGUUCCACAUGGGCUCUCCCCACGCAUGGAAGGAGGCAGCUCAGGGACCACUACUGUGGUAGGGACCCUCUUGAGAUACCUCCUCUCUGAUUCAGAAACACACUUCUACCUCUUUACUGUUAACUUGUACAGAUGCAGCCAGCAGUUUCUGGGCACUUCUGUCGGUGGUGCCUCAUGCUGGCCUCUCCACUAGAGUUUCAGGAUAAACUACCUAGGAACUGCCUCACCCUCCUACCAGACCUCCGGCCCACUUCUGUUGAGACUCAUUUCCAUCUAUCAUCAGGAACUGAGCAGGUCAAGACCUAGGCUUCUGCUUUACCCCAGGCCAGCAUCCUUAUUUGAGGUGAAAACCUUAAAAUUUAGCUCUCUGGCCCUUGAUUGGAGGCAAUACAGAGUGAAUAAUUAACUGUUUUGAUUUAGGCAAGGUAGCUUGGGAUACUUUUUCAAAAGUAAAACCAGAUAUAAAAAUGUCUGGCAAGGUUAACAUCAGUCUAGAUGAUUUGCUUCUAAACAUUAGUUUCAGUGAGUCCCGGGGACUAAUUAAGUUUGUUUAAAAAAAAAAAGUGUAAGAGUGUCUACCUUGGUACACACCCACCUCCUGCAUGCUGUGCAUGUUAUUGGGACUCAUAUUAUAGGAAAUGGUAUGUGAGAAUCCAAGCAGGACUUGCUGCUGCCAUUCUCAUAUCUGAUCUUCAGUAGACCCGGCAACCCUCUUCCCUUGCCUGCUGUCUUCCCUGCACCCUCAGUUUCUAGAGGCAGAUAGGCACUUGGCCACAGAAUAUAAAGUCCUGAGCAGUUAGAGGAGUCUUGUCUGGCUGCCUUUUUCCUGCCCCUUCCUUGAAUCCCUCCACAGGGAUGCUUUGCAACUCACAGGACAGGCAGAACAGCUAUUUAAAAUGUUGUACUUGGGCCUUGUCCCUAUCUCUUGUCUUUUCCCCAGCCAUCCUUCAUUCCCAUCUCCCUCUUCCUUCCUGCCUCUCCUUUCCUCUUCUCAGUGCUUUCACCAUCACAAGGAAUUUUCCUGUCACUGUGAACUUUGCUGGUGCAGAGGAACAUUAUCUGCCUUCACCUUUUAUGGACCAUAGCCACCCUGCUGUUUCUUAAGCCUCUCUCUGUUCCAAGCCCCCCUUUCGUGGGGGAGGUCAGGCUGUUAAAAGGAUAAGAGUAGAUUUAUCCUGUACUCAGUACCCAGGCAUGCUUCAGUAUCCCUACUGAAGCCAAGAGAGCCUGAGGGGCACCUGCCAGGAUUGGAGCCACGGCAUGUGGAACAGACCAAGGACCAGAAAAGAGGAGUGAUGUUUCUUUUCUGCAGCCAUGCUCCAGCCUCUGUCAACAGUAAGCUGGCCUGUUCAGGGGCGGGCACCUCCCACCCUGCA